AUGAAGGAAAAAUCCAAGAACGCGGCAAAGACUAGACGGGAAAAAGAAAAUGGAGAAUUCUACGAACUGGCCAAACUCCUGCCCCUGCCCUCGGCCAUCACCUCCCAGCUGGACAAGGCGUCCAUCAUCCGCCUCACCACUAGCUACCUGAAAAUGCGAGCCGUCUUCCCCGAAGGUCUGGGCGACGCCUGGGGACAGCCAAGCAGGAUAGGUCCCUUGGAUAACGUGGCCAAGGAGCUCGGAUCUCAUUUGCUUCAGACUUUGGAUGGCUUUGUUUUCGUGGUAGCAUCAGAUGGCAAAAUAAUGUACAUCUCAGAAACAGCGUCUGUACAUCUUGGCUUAUCUCAGGUGGAGCUUACUGGUAAUAGCAUUUAUGAGUACAUACAUCCUUCCGAUCACGAUGAGAUGACAGCUGUUCUUACUGCUCACCAGCCUCUUCAUCCUCACCUCUUACAAGAAUAUGAAAUUGAGAGAUCGUUUUUCCUGAGAAUGAAGUGUGUCCUAGCCAAAAGGAAUGCAGGAUUGACAUGCAGUGGCUACAAGGUGAUCCAUUGCAGUGGCUAUUUGAAGAUACGGCAAUAUAUGCUAGAUAUGUCUUUGUAUGAUUCCUGUUACCAAAUCGUUGGACUGGUGGCUGUAGGUCAAUCUUUACCUCCCAGUGCAAUCACUGAAAUCAAACUUCACAGUAAUAUGUUUAUGUUCCGAGCAAGUUUGGACUUAAAAUUAAUAUUCCUAGACUCCAGGGUGACUGAAUUAACUGGAUAUGAGCCCCAAGAUCUGAUAGAAAAAACCCUCUACCACCAUGUUCAUGGCUGUGAUGUGUUCCAUUUACGAUAUGCUCAUCAUCUGCUGUUGGUGAAAGGCCAAGUCACAACCAAGUACUAUCGACUACUGUCCAAGCACGGAGGCUGGGUUUGGGUACAGAGCUACGCUACCAUUGUACAUAACAGCCGUUCAUCACGGCCUCACUGCAUAGUGAGUGUCAAUUAUGUCCUUACAGAUAUUGAGUAUAAGGAACUUCAGUUGUCACUGGACCAGGUUACCAUUUCUAAGUCACAGUUUUCAUGCAGAAACUCAGUAUCUACCUCGCAGGAAACAAGGAAAAUAGUAAAACCCAAAAGUAAUAAAAUGAAGGCAAAACUCAGAACAACGCCUUACCCACAACAGCAAUACAGCUCAUUCCAAACAGACAAACUGGAAUGCAGCCAGGUGGGAAACUGGCGAUCCAGCCCUGCAGUGAACGCUGCCACCAUUCAAGAACAAAACUUCCAUUCAGAAAACAGUGAACUUUUAUAUGCCCCGUCAUAUAGCUUGCCUUUCUCUUACCAUUAUGGACACUUCCCUGUAGAUUCUCAUGUCUUCAGUAGCAAAAAGCAAAUGCUGCCUUCAAAAUUUGGGCAGUCUCAAGGAGCACCUUGUGAAGUGGCUCGAUUUUUCUUGAGUACGCUGCAGACAAAUGGAGAAUGCCAGUGGCAUUAUGCCAACUCCUUGGUACCCAACAGCCAGUCACCAUCCAAAAAUCUUCCUGAUCAGCCAGUGAACAUCAUCCGACAUAAUCUUGCACAGAGUUAUGAAGUGCCCAUAUCAAACAGAAGAUACAGCCAAGAUGCUCUAUCUGACAACUUUACAAGCUGCACAGCACCCAUGCCAGGCAGCAGAUACAAAGAAGAGAUGUAUGAUUCCGGCAUCAUGAAAGCCAACAAAAUAGAAACCAGGAUUCAGCCACCUCACCACCUCAUUAAAGAAGAAAACAAGUUAGCUUUUAACAGAGACCUACAAGAAAAAAUGAGCAUUAAUGAAAGUCCUUUUUCAAACUCAAUAGCUAACUCCUUGCUGCCAAAAUCAGAAUGUUUCCAGUCUAAAGCUAUAGGACAAUUAAGUCAUCUCCUACCAAUGCCCUCAGUAUAUGAGCAAACAAGAAGGAUUUGUAUGAAAGAACCCAAAUAUGGGCAUAUUAGUCACCACACCACAAAUCUAGAUGAACUGGACGGCGAUGAGAGAAUGACUGUAAAGCUUGAUCACGACUCCGAGAGUGACCGCGUGAUGGAUGUGAGACCCUCCGGACAAGUUCCAUUUGUGCUUCUAAAUUAUCACCAUGUUUUAGCCAAACAUGGUACAUUUCAAACUUCAUCGUGUACAGCGACAGGACAUGUAGGAGAAAACUACGGAUACAAUUCCGAGGAAGUAAAUACAUUUAUUUACAAAAACCAAAGCCCCUCAUCAGCUUCUUCUCCAGAAACCCACAAGGAAUCUGCACUACCCCAUUAUAUUGGAACUUCUGUAAUAAUUGCCAAUGGAAGGUGACGGUAAUACAGGAGUAUUUACAUUUAAUUAAGAAGCUAAACUGUAAUGAUUUGCAAAAAGCAUGAGAAACAUGGUUACAUUUACUGAGCAUAGCUGAAGGUCAAUGAGGGACAGAAUCGUGUGUUCCUGGCAAGCCACGUGUAACAGUACCUUCAAGGUCAGGAAAAAACCCUACAUCUAGCUUCAGUGCUUCGUUGUCACAGAUUAACCUCUGGUGCCAGUGAGAAGACAUGUUACAGAUCUUAUUUUUGUUAUUUUAUAGUGUGCAACAAAAUUAAAUGAUAGGUGUUAUAUGCAGAGAUUUAUAUGAAGAACAUUUUUUUCCUUAGCCCCUCCUCCUCAAAAUACAGUCAAGAUUUUUUUUAUAGUUAUCAUAAACUAUACACUGUAGUUUAGGUAUUUUUGACAAACUGUGUGAAACCUUACAUCAGCUCUCCACACAUAUGUUAAACAUCCUGACAAAUGAACUUUGUUCAAAGAGUGGUGAUUUUUAGUAUCCAUAA